AUGGCCCGCUCCGCCUCCCUGCUGCUUGCCUGCGGCGUCGCGGUCUGCACCGCCCUGCUGGUGGGCUCCAUCGCGCUGUCCUUCGUCGGCGCCUCCCCGGCCCCAGCGGGGCUCCGGGCGGGCCAGCGCUUCCCCUCGGUGGAAAUGCGCUUCUUCGGCGGGGAGCCGGUGACGACCACCCCUCCGCCGCCCGCGGGCUUCAGCCUGGGGGGCGUGAGCGAGAGCACCUACGUGAUCUCCAUGACCAUUCUCUUCUUCGGGUCGGACGAUGACGAGAUCGGCAUGGACACGCUUGUGGGCGAGUAUGCGGAGAAGGGCGUCAAUCACAACAGGAUGAAAGUUUACCAGAAGACGGAUCAGAUAGAGGGCCACGAGAACAUGUCGGUCUUCCUCUAUUACUGGGACUCCCGCGACGGGGACCACCUCGCGGGCUGGUGGUUCGGAGACCAGGUCGGCGGCACCCAGGUGUGGGCGCGGUCGCAGUCGGAGACUCCCUGGCGCCGCCGCUGCAGGGGUGGCGCAUCCCCUGGGACGGCCCCAUCACGGACCACGUGA